UCUCUCCUUCCUGCCUUCUUCUCUCCCUCCUUUCCUCAUAACUUCUUUCUGUACCUUCCUUACAACCAGGGGAAUUCCAUGGUGGUAGGAAAAAACAUUGGCCUCAAAAUUCAAAGACUGGGAAUGUAUAAGCUUUCUGUUUCAGAAGUGUUUGUUAAGAUAACACAAGUCAAUCUAAAUUUGUAGAAUCCAUAAAACAGAAAAAAAAAUCCAAAGGAAACAGUGAUUUUUGUAGAAUUUCUAGCUGCAUUUCUGCAUCUCUUAAUAUCCUCCCUAUAUCUACUGAAAAUGGCCUUUCUCCUGGCAUUCUUGUAUCUCCAGGUCUGGUUCUGAGAACUGCAUACAAAUCAGUCACCAGCUUUUCUUCUCAAGUAUAAUAAUGUGAGUUUAGUUUAACUCUGUUUAACUUAGUAAGUUUGCCUUCUUUUUAAACUUGCUUCAGAUAAAGAGGAGUAUCAAUCAGAAAAACAAGAAAUGAUAGAAAAUAUAUUUCUAUCGUAGUAGGACUAAUUAGACGAUGUGAUUGGGAUAUACUAUGUUUUAGGUUGUGUACAGAUAUUUUUGAAGAUACAAUUUCUGCCUUGAAGUAACAGCUAGGAGCGGCUGAAACAUUUCCAGAUUUCUAAUAAAUACAUUCCCUAGGAAAGGAAAAUCUGCAAAAUUUCCUUUCUCUUACCUAUUCACAUUCAUGUGACUUGUUCUGUUGACUUCAACUGAAAUACUAUUUACUGUGUCACUAGUGGGAACAAAGGUUGUUGAACCCAGCUCCUACGGCACUUAAAAACAGUUCCAAAGCUACAGUCCUUGCUCAACUGAGUUUUGCUGUUUCAUAGUUAAUAUGAAGUCACAGAAGGUCUGCAUACACAGGUAUGUAAGUGACAUGAAUCACAGAAGUAGCCUCAAUGAACACUGAAUAUAUGUAUGCAAGACUAGUUUUUCAUAAUGAUGCAGCUUUAAAUAUGACAUCCCCUUUCUCCUUUAUACGUAUCUACAUAUACUACUUCUGAAAUUUUUCCUGUGCACCUGCCUACAUUUGUCUACAUCUUCAUCGGUCUUGUUUACAUAAUCUGCUUAGUCACAAACAUCAUUCAGUUACAAGAAGUGCCCUGAAGGUUGUGCCAUUUCCUCUGCAGAAGCAGAGGGAGGUUUGAACACCCCAUUUCCUUCUUUCAUAACAUUCUGGUGUGUUGGGAGAAGUCCUUGCCCAACAGUGAAGUUCCUUUAUUGUUAGGUUUUGCAAAACAGCAUGAUUAACUGUAAUAGCACCAAUGGUUUCGCAACAUAAAUAGUUUUGUCUUUGGUAAAAGUUCAGAUCCACCAAAAUAACACAGGCGCUGAAAUCACUGAGAUUUUUCAUAGAAUCAUAGAACCAUAAAGGUUGGAAAAGACCUUCAAGAUUAUCUCGCCCAACUACCAAUGUCACCCACUAAACCAUGUCCCUAAGCACCACGUCCAACCUUUCCUUAAACACUCCCAGGGAUAGUGACUCCACCACCUCCCUGGGCAAUCCUUUCCAAUGCCUGACUACUCCUUCUGAGAAGAAAUGUCUCAUAAUUUCCAACCUAAACCUCCCCUGGCGCAACUUGAGGCCAUUCCCUCCAGUCCUAUCACUGAUUAUCUGGGAGAAGAGGCUGACCCCCAGCUCCCCACAACUUCCUUUCAGGCAGUUGCACAGAGCAAUAAGGUCUCUCCUCUUCUCCAGACUAAACAACCCCAGUUCCCUCAGCCGCUCCUCACAGGACUUGUGUUCCACACCCUUCACCAGCUUCGCAGCCCUUCUUUUUGGUGCUUUCAGUAUUUUUUCAAGCAAGCUUCAAGACCACUUAGCAACUUGUGUAAUCGCUGAACACGGUGCCUGAUGAUGAAGUCUGCCUGGGUUGCGAUCUUUGCUUUCCCUCCAGGGUUUUAAAAGCCUUUAAGUCCAUGAGUGUUCAAACCAGAGAGCUUUCUCUUUGCUUUCUCCCACGGUUUUCUUCCAACUAACCUCCGGGAGGGCCGAGGCCUGAACCGGCCUCAGCGGAGUCACCGAAUCCCGCGGAGCCACCAGGCGAGCUCCGGAGGCCCCAACGGACACGUCCGCCGCCGACCCCUCACUGGUGGGGGAGCACGGCCCUCAGCCCUCCGGGGCCCAAACUGCCGCCCAGCUCCGGACCCGCCUCCACCGCCGCGCCCGCUGGGGCGAGGCGAGGCGGAGCCCUGCGGCCAGCCAGGGUUCAGCGAGCGGCGGGGAGCAGCGGGGCGGCGGCGCCGGGCGCGCUCUCUUCGAGGGGACCCGGGCGAGGCGCAGUUUCUCUUUGGACGCUUGCAGCAGCUGAAACGUGCUUUGAAUUCACAGCUGAGGACGGCACAGGUUUGCUAGGGAAGCCCCGUGACUUCAGCGUGGCCGCGGGGGUUUUGUUACAGAUUGAGUUUUGAAGGUCAUCAGUGAGAAGUGGAGAAAUGGCUAAACUUACCCAGCUAAUUGACAAUGAAGUUUUCCGCGCCUAUGCUACCUAUGCAACUAUUGUUCUCCUGAAAAUGAUGCUAAUGAGUCUUAUAACUGCAUACUUCAGAAUCACGAGAAAGGCAUUUGCCAACCCAGAAGAUACAGCAUCAUAUGGUAAAGGCGAGAGUGCCAAAAAAUACCUGCGGACUGAUGCAGAUGUUGAACGUGUACGCAGAGGCCACCUGAAUGACCUUGAAAACAUUGUCCCAUUUCUUGGCAUUGGACUGCUGUAUGCUCUUAGUGGCCCCGAUCUGUCCACAGCCUUGCUGCAUUUUAGGAUCUUCGUUGGGGCUAGGAUCACUCACACUUUUGCAUAUUUGAUCCCUCUUCCCCAGCCUGCCAGAGGUUUGUCUUGGGUAGUUGGGUAUGCUGUUACCAUCUCAAUGGCAUACAAAGUGCUGAAGACGGCGUUGUACCUGUAACUGACUCAUAGCUUCGGUGUAUCAUUUGACAUUCCAUGCAAAGUUUCCAGUGGUGUGUGUUGAUGUCUUGAAUGAACCAUCAUAAGUUUUACAGGGUGACUGGAAUUAAUUUUUUAACACAGGCUUUUCAUUCCUGGUUAGAAAUAUUUCUUUUUGGAGAAAAAAGUCCCUCUCUCUGCAUUUCCUAUUCGUGGGCUGCAUUGCCAAAAUGUUAGAUUGAAUGUUCUCUUUGCUAUUUGUCAAGUGCUUAUAAUUCUAAACAUACGAUGAUGCUGUAUUGAUAACGUGUGGUAAUUUUCUACAGAUGCACUAUUUUUGGCUAUAGCUCUGAAGUCUAAAUCAAUAAAGAUAAGAC